UGGAAAGUCGUCCAUGAUCAACGUCCACAUUGGGCAAAGCAAAAACGUAGCUAAGAUACAGCACGAAAAAGAACGACGAGAAGGUAUUGACGAUAACAGUACACGCACGUAAUAGACAGUACGAAGAGUGCAGCUGGGAAGCUUCCGCACGGCUGCGCGGAACCCCGUAGAAGACGACGCGUACCGAUCUGAACUGGACGUAUUGAUACGGUGAUGGUGUAUCGUGGGCGUAAUGUGAUUAACCGCUAGGCAUUUUGUUUAUGGAUAUUGGAUUGUAUUAAGGUCAUUGAAUUGCGUCACGAAUAUACUAUAGGAACGUGAGCUUCGGGUCGUAGAAAUUUGGCAAAUCGAAGUCGAGCUGCGAGCUAUUUAUUUAUUUAUUCCAAGCUCGAAAAUUCAAUAAAGAGACAGAGAGACAACGCGUGGAUAACUAUCGUGAAAGUUCAACGUAGGCGUUCGGAUCAGCAUUGCCGAAGUGCACAAGCUUAAGCUGAAGUGUGGUGAAGGAUACCGAUUCAUGUGGAGGAAUGGCCCUCGUGCAUGGCACCGGGCUGGGAAAUGCUGGCCUAUGGUGAUAGAUGGAGCUCCCGCAUCAUGCUGAGAACUGAUGUGUAAACCAUUCGAAGGAACCUCUCCCGGAAAUCCUAUUCGUAGCAGAUCGACAUCACGCCCCGGAUGUUUUGCGCUGGGGAUUACGAGUAUGGGAACAAAGGCACUUGCCAGGCAAGUCGGCUUCAUGAUGACCCGUGGUCGAGUUGACGGCACCUAUAUCAACUUUGAAAUUGUCGCCACGAACGUGCACGCCGAACUGAGUCGCGAAGUGGGUGCUUUCCGCUGCACCGAACCAGGUCUUUACUACUUUACCUUUUCAGCAAUCGCACCGCGAGAUAGCUCGCUCCGAGUGUCCCUACGCAAAAACCGUAUCCCUAUGGUGACUUUGUUCGCGUCUGCAAAUAGCCAUACAUCUGUGAUGGGCUCAAUGGUGCUACUAUUAAUCAAGAACGACAUUGUGUAUCCGUUCGUGGAAGAUGGCCAAAUCUACGAAUCGGUAGCAAAGACUCGAGCCCUCACAUCCUUUAGUGGAUUCCGCGUAAACGGUGUUAACCGCGACGAGUUUAACUCCGUGUUCCGGACCGAUGCCGAAAUAAUCGAAAACGAAGUUGGAGAGCCUGAUCCCGAUGACAAGAUCUAUAGUAUGUUCCAGUCGACGAUUAACAACGAUGAUUCGCUAAACGUCUAUUUCGAUUCAUCGAAUGGUACUGAAGUGCACGAUCACCCGACGGCAUUGACAACGACGCAAAGGAGUAUUCAUUAGCCAGCCGGGAUCACAAUAGAACAUAAGGACACCCAUGAAUGCGUAGUAGGCUUCAAUGAAUAUCCGUGGGCUGCGAAGUAAGAAUCGGACCACUUUCUCAAAGGUCGAUCUCAAUAGGUAACCGUUAUGUGAAUCAAUGCAGUGUAACGUACCGUAACAUCAAUAUAGCUUUGUAAAUAAUUACUGUGAUUAUAAUGACGAAGAAAUUAAUUGAUGUUGUAUUACAUAAGACUUUAGCUGGACGCAUCAAAAAUCAAUGCUUCCGUCCUUUAUUCCAGACGCUUUCUAGAGAAAGUGGGAUAUUAGCUGGCGGUUGUUUCUAGGUAAAUUCCCUAACGUAGCUGAUCUAAUUACGUGUCAUGAUGCUAAAUAAUGCUUCUAUGCAGCCUUAUCCAGGCUUCUUUUGAGGUAAAUCACCAGCCUUCGGUCAGAUAUUUUAUGCUAAAAGCUGACGCUGGA